AUGGAAGAUGAAAAUGGGAUCGAACUGAGCCUUGGGCUCUCGUGUGGCGGUUCAUCUAGCAAAUCUAAAGUCAAAGAUGUCCCCUUGGAUCCCACAUCUGGCGAAGGAAGUAGGAACAGGCCGGUUGGAGGGAGCUUAAAUGUCUUUGAAGCAUCGUUCAAGCCUUUUCUCCCGCUGACAAUCAAGAACCCUGCAAGCAAUCCGCAGCAGCAGAUGAAUGAUCUAGUUAAAAUUAAUCAGCGUGAAGGUUUCUGGCCGGAUCUUGGGCAGCACAACUCUGUGGACACAGAAAGCCGUCGGUUUCCGGAACUCUGGUCCUCAAGCAACCAAGCAUCCGACGCAGACAAGGAGAAAUCAGGUCUCAAUAAGCGUAAAUUGCCAUGUGAGGAUGUGAGUCUCCAGAAGAAGCCAGACAAAGGAGGCGAUCACGUCGGUGGGCAUGGCAAGGGCGCCGCCGCUGUCACAUUCAGAAACCAUGUGCCACUCACAAAGGAAGACGCUUCAUCUGGUGAAAACGAGGACGCAGCAGAGUCAGAGGCUGAAGGGUCCAGCUCAUGGCUGGCGCCGCCGCAUGAAGAGAACGCGAGAGGCGUUGACGUAACAAAAGCAAAUGACAAACACUUUUCAAGUGAGCAAGAUUCAGUGAACUCCGAGGGUUUAAGACAAUCCAAAUUGCUGGGGAAUGAGCCCAAUGUCGACCAUGGAAAAUCAUCAUACGGGAUUCCUCUGUCUCUCCAGCCAUUACCUGUCAGGAGUGCUCCCUACCAAGCUUCCUCCAGGGGGCCUGCUGCUGCUGCUGCUGCACCCAACACCUUAGGGUUCCCCUCCACCUGUGUCAUGCAGUUGAUGCCAUUUGGGAACAGUGAGCAGGCGCCUCUGCAGCCAAUCACCUCGAGUGUUCUUCAGUAUAACUUUGGCUACUCCUCUGUUCAGCUUCCCACCUUGGAAACGCAUUCUUCCUGGGUAUUUGGUUCUCAGCCUCAUCAUCAACCUUCGUAUGGCAGCAAAGGGCCCGGUGAGGGAGCGACGAACCUCGAGCAUUCAGAGAAUGGAACAAAAAUCUCUCCAGGUUAUCCUCCUUUUUGUCGUUCUUCAGUGGCCCUUCUUGGUGCUGCAGCUGACCUGACAUCUCUCUCGGGUUUCGUCUCCAAAAUCUGCAGCCCAACUGGCGGACAGAUCUCCGCAAGCUCUGGCCUACGACGGAAAGGGGCCGGAAGCAGGGAAGAGCUUUGGAAAGCAGCUGGAGGAGACGGGGACGUCUUCGUCCUCCCAAGCCGGAGACGAGUCCCAGGGCACCAGGAACAAGGAACCCCACCCGGGCGGCUCCCUCAGCAUGGAAGGCUUCCUUUACGAGAGCUCCGCCAUCAAGCCGGGCAUCGCCGCCAGCCUGAUAUUUGGGGGCAGCGGCUCUUGCCCCGACCUCCCCUGGGUCUCCGCCACCGGCGCCGGCCCCAGCGGGAAGACCAUCUCUGGGGUCACCUACAAGUACAGCUCGAACCAGGUGAAGAUUGUGUGCGCCUGCCAUGGCACCCACAUGACUCCCGAGGAGUUUCUUCAGCACGCCGGCAGCGGCGAGGCGGCGGAUAACAACAACAGCAGCAACAAUAACGCGGGCUCGGGCUCUUUCCCUGGCAGCAGUCCGGCGGCGCCGCCGCCGAGCUGA